CCGACCACAGAAUCUCAGUACCGACCCCAGCCCAUUAUAAACACCAGGAAACGGACCAUCUCCCGCCCCAGAUCACGGUGACACCGCCCAGAUUCCGGGUCCCGACUCCGCGCCCAAGUGGCCGACUACAGGCUCCCCAGGGGUUGGCGACUCCGGGAGAGUCAGCGGGCGGCCACCGGGCAGGGGAAGCGGAGGGAAGGAGCCGGUGCCAUGACCGAGGUGCUGUUCGAGCUGCUGCACCUGGAGCUGGUGUCGCGACUGCAGAGCGAGGCUGAGCCCGAGGACCCGGGCCAUGGGAAGUGCAUUUCCACAUUGGAACGAAUGGGCUUCCGUGCAGGACAAGGUCUGAUUGAAAGAUUCACUAAGGAAACUCCUUCGUUCAAAGAUGAGCUGGACAUCAUGAAGUUUAUCUGCAAGGAAUUCUGGACAAACCUCUAUCGGAAACAGAUUGACAACCUGCGAACAAAUCAUCAGGGAACCUACGUGCUUCAGGACAACCGAUUCCGUCUCCUCACACCGAUCUCCAAUGGGAAGCAAUACCUGGAGGAAGCACCAAAGUUCUUGGCAUUCACCUGUGGGCUGUUGAGAGGUGCCUUGUCCAACCUGGGAAUUGACUGCACAGUCACGGCGGAGGUUUCUGCGAUGCCAGCGUGUAAAUUUCACAUUGUGAUCCAGGCGUCGUAGGACUCUGUGUGGCUGGACGAGAACCAGCGAGGAAGCAUAGAGCUCAACUGUAGCUGCAGACAGAUUUGUGCCUUAUCAUUUCCUGUAUAGCUGCUGUACUUUGAAGUUGUUAGUUGGUUCUGUGAUGAGGAUAGAAGUGAAUCAAAGCCUGUUUUAUAGUGAGUUAUGGCUGCUGAUAAAAGGAACCCUUGCUGGGAAGUCAGUGACAAAAAUUAUUCUUGAAUUACCAAUAAGUGUCCCUUUGCUAUGGGCCAGUCUCAGGACAAAAAUCAUCCUGCUGUUACUGACCAUUAACAUUAUGACUAUCUCCUGAGCAGCCGUUCUUGGUUUCUUACUCUUAACUGUUCUCUCCCCUCCCGUUUUCCUCCAUCUUCCAUCUGAGAAAACACAAUGUGAUCCCGAGAAUGCCCUGUCAACAGGCUUCAGCACCUGUGGUACUGCUUUGUGUACAGAAUCCAGAUGUAAUGACAGCAGGCUGAAGUGGUUCUUAGCCUGUCCAAAGGACAUUGAGAGAUAAUCCACGGCUUCUUUGUCCCUCUCACCUGCAGAUCCCAGUCUCAAUCUGCCUGCCCUAUAUUAGUAACGGGGGGAUUUAGCACAAACCCAUCCCCAUGUGUCCUUGUGGUACUUGUUGACCGGAGCAAGGAGUAGUCAGUCUGAAUUGUUCAAAGUCUCUGAGUGCCUGACUAGGGUCACCCCCAGAGAAAAUUCCCCUUGUGCCUAAGCUAUAUUUGGCUUCGUGUACUAAGACUACUGAUGUUCAGAGCUGUUGAGUCGGGAGAGUGGGAGGGUCAUAACCGGCAGGUUCGCGCUCUACACCACAAAUCGCGAUCUGCAUUGCGGGUUGUGGUCUACACUGCAGUUUAUAAUAUUCACUGUGAGACAUGACCUCAACUGUGGUUUAUACUCUCCACUGCAGGUGAUGGAGCCCAGGCUGUUUCUUUAUGUAAUAAUACCAACCCCUGAGAUCAGAAGCACCUUGGGGUUCAGAGCCUUGCCCCAUUUUCACAUUCACUUACUGCCCACAGUUUUGACUGCUCAUUUUCACGGAAUAGAGUUGCUGUAUUAGACUGUAUUGGGCUCGGAUUUAAAUGAUUAAAGUGAUUAAGAGAU